GCGGUGGCCAACGAUGUUUUUAUUGAACGCGUAGCAGUUUGACUCGUGUAAGCAUCGAAAUGACAAAGGAAAUUAUACAGUUCGUUAAAAAAUACCCAAUUCUAUACGAUUCCACUCUCGAUGAAUACAAAGAUCUCCCAAAAAGAAACUUAGCUUGGCAAAUAAUUGGAGAGGAACUAAACGAAGAUGGUGAAUCCCUUAAGAAAAAAUGGAAAAAUAUUAGAGAUUGUUAUGGAAAAUACCUUAGGUCAAUAGAAAAUCCAAAAUCCAUAAAACGAACGUAUAAAAAUUGGAGAUAUGCAAAGGAAAUGGAAUUUUUUAAACCAUUUUUAGAACCAACUUUAAAUUUAAAUAAUAAUGAAGAAAAAAUAAUACAAGAUGAAAGUGACAACUAUGUUCAGGAACAAAUUUUAGAUAAAAAAUAUUCCAUUGAUUUUUCAACGUUCGAUUAUAUUGACAUUCUUUUCCUUGGUUAUUCUGCAACGAUAAAAAAUUUAACGCCGGAAAGAGAAGUACAAGCAAAAAUUAAAAUUGCAAAAUUAAUCGCAGAAGAAGAAAUAAAAUCAAUCCAAGAAAAGGAAGAUACGGCAUCGUUUUUAAUUUGUCCAAAUGUGGUUAUUAAAGAAGAAUUAUAAAUUUACAGGGUCUUUAAAUGAUUUGCUAAAUUGAUAAAGGUGUUUAUAGAAGAUAAAUUAAACAUGUGUAUGCUUCACACAUCAAAGUCCCACCACGUGACUGACAGAAAUAAUUAAGGUUAAUUUUCUGUCACUGACUCAGUGUCAAGCUUUUUUGCCUUAUUUUCUGAAAAUAAUACAAUGUAUGUGUUUUUUGUGUUCUAAAUUAAAAGCUUUACACACGAAAAAUACAUUAAUUACAUUAUUUUCAAAAAAUAGGACCAAUUUAAC